GUUGUUCGGUGGAUUCUACCGGACUUCCAGAAGAUGGGUAAAGGUGGUGGGACACGAAUACCACUAUGGAUAUCAAUACUAACCCUGGUCUUCAUACAGAUCAAAGUUCAAGCCCAGAGUGGUGAAAAACCAACAAAGUCAGAGUAUGUUUCUCCAUCUCUCCUGCAGCGACAAAAAUCUUUCAGCUCCCAAGGAGUGACAAUCAUUCCACCUUUUCAAAACACACUGAAAGUAAAGUCUGGCAACCCCUCUCACAAUGGCCGUGUGUGUAGCACAUGGGGUAACUUCCACUUCAAGACCUUUGAUGGGGACAUCUUUUACUUCCCUGGGGUCUGCAACUACAUCUUUGCAUCCAACUGCAAGUCUCCCUAUGAGGACUUCAACAUCCAGAUUAGGCGUGCAAUGGUGGAAAAUGCUACUGUGAUCACUCAUGUCAUCAUGAAGCUGGAAGGAACAGUGAUUGAACUGACCCCCACUUCCGUCCUGCUUGAUGACAAAUUGGUCCAGAUGCCCUACAGCCAUAUGGGAGUCUUGAUAGAGAAAAGUAAUAACUAUUUGAAAGUUUCUGCCAAGUUGGGACUGACUUUCCUUUGGAAUGGACAUGAUGCCCUCCUGGUGGAACUAGAUAAGAAAUAUGCCAAUCAAACUUGUGGACUUUGUGGGGACUUCAAUGGAAUUCCAGUCAGCAAUGAAUUUAUUUCAGGGAAGACAAAACUGACACCCAUACAGUUUGGUAACAGGCAGAAGAUGGAUGGACCCACAGAGCAGUGUGAUGAUCCUAUUCCUCCUACUACUCUGAUGAACUGCUCAAGAGAAUUUGCUUCUAUCUGUGAGGCAGUAUUAACCAGCAAAGCAUUUACAAGUUGUAACAUGCUUGUGAACGUCCAGGACUACAUUGAAACUUGCAUACAAGACCUGUGCCACUGUGACAGCUCUAUGGCUGACUUCUGCAUGUGCAACACCUUUGCUGAGUACUCCCGGCAGUGUGCUCAUGCAGGUGGACAGCCCCUGAACUGGAGAACCACAGACCUGUGCCCCAAAUCGUGUCCGUUCAACAUGCAAUACCAUGAGUGUGGCUCUCCCUGCUCCGACACGUGCAGCAACCCAGAACGAUCCGCUCUUUGUGAAGAUCACUGCACAGAUGGCUGCGUCUGUCCUCCAGGAAUGGUGUUUGAUGACGUUAAUGGUGCUGGCUGCAUUCCCCGCACAGAAUGCCACUGUACCUAUGAGGGUGAAACUUAUGCUCCUGGUGCCUCCUUCUCAUCUAAAUGCAGAUCAUGCACCUGUGUUGGAGGUGAAUGGUCUUGUGUCACUCAGUCGUGCCCUGGGACUUGCAGUGUUGAAGGAGGUUCCCACAUUUCAACAUUUGAUGAGAAAUACUAUUCCUUCUUUGGAGACUGUAGUUAUGUCCUAACCAAGCUCUGUGAUAGCAAUGAAUUCACGGUGUUGGGGGAUAUCCACAAGUGUGGCCUGACUGACACUGAGACAUGCCUCAAGGGUGUAGCCAUCAGCUUAAAUGGAGGACAAACGAACAUUGUGAUCCAGCCUUCUGGGAGUGUAUUUGUGAAUAUGAUCUACACACAGUUACCAUUCUCAGCAGCAAAUGUCACCAUCUUCAGGCCUUCAUCUUUCUUCAUAAUUCUGCAAACAACUUUUGGUCUUCAGCUACAGGUUCAACUUAUGCCUUCAAUGCAAGUUUAUAUAGACCUAGACCCAUCACAUAAAGGGCAGACCUGUGGUCUCUGUGGAAACUUCAAUGAUGUCCAGACAGAUGAUUUCAAAACCACCAGUGGUGUGAUAGAGGGCACUUCAGCUGCCUUUGGCAAUACUUGGAAAACUCGGGCUGAUUGUCCUGAUGCCAAAAAUACCUUUGAGGAUCCCUGUACUGUCAGCAUCCAAAAUGACCAGUAUGCUCAGCACUGGUGUGGACUGCUCUCGGAUACCACGGGACCUUUUGCUGAAUGUCACUCAACAGUGAAUCCAGAAGUUUACCAGAAGACCUGUAUGUUUGACACAUGUAACUGUGAGAAGAGUGAGGACUGCAUGUGUGCUGCCCUUUCCAGCUACGUCAGAGCCUGUGCUGCAAAAGGAGUUCUUCUCACUGGAUGGAGGAGCAAAGCCUGCACAAAAUACACCACCUUGUGUCCGAAGUCCUUGACGUACACCUACAAUGUCAAUUCCUGUCAACCCACCUGCCGGUCUCUGAGUGAGCCUGAUGUCACGUGCAGCAUCAAGUUUGUCCCAGUUGAUGGCUGUACCUGCAUAAAUGGAACCUACAUGGAUGACAGUGGCAAAUGUGUGCCUGCUUCUAGCUGUCCCUGUUACUACAAAGGAAUGCCUUUGUCUUCUGGAGAAGUUGUUCAUGAUAACGGUGUUGUCUGCACUUGUGCCUAUGGAAAGCUGAGCUGCAUUGGAGAGAAGCCUGAACCAGUCUGUGUGCCUCCCAUGGUUUAUGUUGACUGUGGCAAUGUCACUGCAAAUGUGGUAGGAGCAGGAUGCCAGAAGAGCUGUCAGACUCUAGACAUGGAAUGUUACAAAACUCACUGUGUCUCUGGCUGUGUAUGUCCUCAUGAUCAAGUGUUGGAUGGUAAAGGUGGCUGUAUAGCUCCAGAAGACUGUCCAUGUAUUCACAAUGGGAAUUCCUACAGUCCAGGAGAAUCAAUCAGAGUUGGCUGUAACAACUGCACAUGUAGAAACAGAAAAUGGCAAUGCUCUGAGGAACCCUGCCUGGAAACAUGUUCUGUUUAUGGAGAUGGGCAUUAUACCACCUUUGAUGGCAAACGCUUUGACUUCGAAGGAGACUGUGAAUAUGUUCUGGUCCAGAACUACUGUGGUCAACAAGCUAUGAAUCAGGGAACCUUCAGAGUCAUCACUGAGAACAUACCAUGUGGCACUACAGGAACUACCUGCUCUAAGUCUAUUAAAGUUUUCUUGGAUAACUAUGAGCUGGUACUCAGUGAUGGACACUCUGAUGUCAUCCAGAGGACACCUGGAGGAAAAAUGCCAUUCCAAAUCCGUUCCAUGGGCAUCUACAUGGUGGUUGACACUACUGUUGGUCUGAUACUCAUGUGGGACAAGAAAACCAGUAUAUUCAUCAAACUUAGUCCCAGCUUUCAGGGUCAUGUGUGUGGACUUUGUGGAAACUAUGAUGGCAAUGGAAAUAAUGACUUCACUACUCGCAGUCAGUCUGUGGUAGGAAAUGUGCUGGAGUUUGCCAAUAGCUGGAAAGUGUCUUCGAGUUGCCCAAAUGCCAAUCGUACCCAGGAUCCAUGCUCUGCAAACCCAUACAGGAAAGCCUGGGCACAGAAGCAGUGCAGCAUCAUUACCAGUGAAGUGUUUGCAAACUGUCACUCACAGGUUGAACCAAAUGAGUAUUACCAAGCCUGUGUGGAUGAUGCUUGUGCCUGUGACACUGGAGGAGACUGUGAAUGUUUCUGCACAGCAGUAGCUGCCUACGCUCAAGCAUGUAAUGAGCUGGACAUCUGCAUAUCAUGGAGAACCCCAUCCAUUUGUCCUCUGUUCUGUGAUUACUAUAAUCCACAAGGGGAAUGUGAGUGGCACUACAAGCCAUGUGGAGCACCUUGUAUGAAGACCUGCAAUAAUCCAAGCGGGAAAUGUCUUCAUGAGAUGAGGGGUUUGGAAGGUUGCUAUCCACAAUGUCCCAAAAAUAAGCCCUAUUUUGAUGAGGAAACCAUGACCUGUGUCUCUAAUUGUGGUUGUUAUGAAGAUGGAAAAAAUUACAAACCAGGAAUGGAGAUGCCUUCAAAGCAGAAUUGUGAAUCAUGUGAAUGCACAAUUCAUGGCAAAAAAUGCAGAUAUGAUGAACAUGAAUGUGUCUGCAUUUAUGAGGGGCAGAAAUACAACUACAACGAUGUGGUCUACAACACUACAGAUGGCACAGGAUGGUGUAUUGUUGCAACCUGUGGUCCCAAUGGAACGCUUCAAAGAUUUAUCCAUUACUGUCUCAUCUCAACAGCACCCACAACAGCAACGACAUUUCACUUCAGUUCUACACCACCUACCACUACUUCCACAGUGUCACCAACUACAUCAGUAUGCGUUCAUGAAGUCUGUACAUGGUCAGAAUGGUAUGAUGGCAGUCUACAGACCCCUGGCUAUGAUGGGGGAGAUUUUGAAACUUUUCAUGAUUUACAAGCAAAAGGAUACGAAGUCUGUAAAGCUCCAAGGGCUGUGGAAUGUAGAGCAGAAAAGUUCCCUGAUAUACCACUGAAAGACCUUGGCCAAAAAGUAGAAUGCAGUACAGAAAAAGGGCUGAUAUGUUACAACAAGGAUCAAAUUUCAACAAUGUGCAACAAUUAUGAAAUCAGAAUCCUCUGCUGUGUUUUUGUACCAUGCUCUUCCACAACGCCUCUGAGCACAUCAACCCAGGUCACAACUUCAGCUCAGACAGAAACAACUACUGAAACAACAUAUUCAGUUUCUAUGGAGCCUACAACAUUCACAACUUCAACUACCGAAGAAACAACAACCACAACUAAAAUGAUGACACCUGUCACCACAUCCCCUUCAACAAUUCCUCUUUGUUUCAAGGAAAAAUGUUACUGGUCAAGAUGGUAUGAUGUCAGUUAUCCAGGGUCAGGUUACAAUGAUGGAGAUUUUGACACCAUUCAGAACAUAAAAAACAAAGGAUACAAAGUAUGUGAAAAUAGAAAGGAUGUGGAAUGUAGAGCAGUACGGUUCCCUAAUACACCAUACCCUCUACUAGAGCAACACAUAACGUGUAACACAGAAGAAGGGUUGAAAUGUUACAACAAAGAUCAACUGCCACCCAUCUGCUAUAAUUAUGAAUUAAGAUUUAAAUGCUGCAUAAAUAUAAGCGUACCAUGCGAAACAACCCCUGAAAGUGUUACUACAACAACAGAACCAACUACAGUUUUCUCAAGAACAACAUCCAAAAAAGGACCAACAACAUUAAGUCUACAAACAAAACACAGGACAACAACUGAAUACACCGAACAACCAAAAACAGAUUACAUACAUACCAGAAUAACAUCAAAACCAACUACAAAAAGAACUUACACAGGAGUAAUAAGCAGCACAACACCAAAACCGACAACCACCUCCGACUACCCCGACGUUGCCAUCCAGCAGGUGGGACAGGUCGUGCAGUGCGACGUCCACUUUGGACUGGUGUGCAAGAACGAGGACCAGACGGGCAAAUUCAAGAUGUGCCUCAACUACAAGAUCCGCGUGCUCUGCUGCACCCCCAACUACAACUGCUCGUUCUCUACUCCUUUAACUACCACUACGACAUCCACAAUUAUUACACACAGUGAAUCUUUCUUUACCUCAUCUCCACCUGUGGUUUCUACUACGCCAUGUUUCUGCAAGAUUGGUGAUGCUAUUUUUUCACCUGGUGAUUUGAUUUACAAUAGAAUGGAUAGUGAUGGAUGCAGAUUUUAUGCCAUUUGCAGCCCAACAUGUGAUAUUGAACGUCACGCUGUGAAUUGUAAUGUCUCUACUUCACCGGCCACUACUUCCUCUGAGUGGUCUACAGUAACAACAUCAGUUCCUUUGCGUCCCACUUCUGCAAAUGUUGUUUUUCAUGGUUGUGUUUCCACUCUUUAUCCUCCAUUACAACCUGGAGAAAAAUUCAAAUUAUCCAACUGUACUGAAGUGAUCUGUAAUGGAGACAACGAUAUAGACGUAGUACCAACGGUCUGCCCACCUGUAAAGGAAAUUACCUGUGCAAACAAAUAUCCACCAGUGCUGGUACCAGAUGAAAACGGAUGCUGUUACCGAUAUGAGUGUCAAUGUGUGUGUAGUGGAUGGGGUGAUCCUCAUUACAUUACUUUUGAUGGAAUCUAUUAUACCUUCCUUGAAAACUGCACUUAUGUCCUGGUGAAACAGAUUGUCCCUAGAUAUGACAACUUCCGUGUUUACAUUGACAACUACUACUGUGAUUCGAAAGAUGGGCUCUCUUGCCCUAAAUCCAUUAUUAUUUUCUACAAAUCUGCAGAAGUGCUCCUGACUCGUGAACUCAUGAAUGGUGUGAUGACCAAUGUGAUGUACUUCAACAAAAAAAUUGUUGAACCAGGCUUCAAAAAAGAUGGCAUUUCUUUCUCCACUCUUGGCAUCAAUAUGAUUGUUGAAAUAGAAGAAAUUGGUGCCGUCAUCACCUUUAGUGGUCUGAUUUUCUCUGUGAAGCUCCCUUACAGCAAAUUUGGCAACAAUACGGAAGGACAAUGUGGAACAUGUACAAACAGUAAAGCAGAUGAAUGCCGCUUACCAAGUGGCAAGAUAAUUUCCUCCUGUCCCCAAAUGGCUCAUCACUGGAUUGUUGAUGACAACAAGUCGUGCCAUGGAAUACCAGUACCACCAACUAUAACAACACCUCCACCAAAGCCGCAAUGUCAAACACCUCUGCUCUGCAAGCUUAUCUUGAGCGAGGUUUUUGCAGAAUGUCAUACAGUGAUACCACCAGAACCAUUUUUCAAAGGCUGUGUUUUUGAUGGAUGUCGCAUAGACGAUGAAUCCAUGCAGUGUUCCAGUUUGGAGAUAUAUGCCACAGAGUGUGCUGCUAGAGGUGUCUGCAUUGACUGGAGAGGAAUGACCAACAAUACAUGUUCAUUCAGCUGUCCAUCAAGCUUGGUAUACAAGCCAUGCGGGCCCAUCAAUCCAGUUACCUGUGACCAAAGCCAUGAGCGGCCUGGCUAUGGAGUAACUGAAGGCUGUUUCUGCCCUGAAGGAAUGACACUGUUGCGUGCAGAGAGCAACAUCUGUGUCUCUGAAUGUGUCUGCAGAGAACCAAAUGGAAUGUCCAGAUGGCCAGGAGAAAAAUGGACAAAAGAUUGCCAGGAAUGUGUCUGUGACAAAAAUACUCUUCAGGUGAAGUGUACAAAACAUGAAUGUUCUCUGACACAGCAAGUAUUUUGUGAAGAACCAGGUUACAUGCCUGUUCAGAUACAGAUACCAGAAGAUCCAUGCUGUACUAGGACUGAGUGCUACUGCAACACAAGCCUCUGCCCUGAUAUCACACCCCAGUGCUUAGAGGGACAGGAAAUAAUCACAAUAAUGCCACCUGGAAACUGCUGUCCUAUCUUUGAAUGCAGACAGGGCUGUGUAGUCAACGAAACCUAUUAUGCACCUGGAGAUGCCAUUCCAUCAGGCCCCUGUGAAGAAUGUACCUGCUCUGAAUCCUCUCCCUCAAGCCCUCACCACCCUUGGGUCACAUGCCAGCCCAUUAUCUGUGACACAUUCUGCCCGCUGGGCUACAAAUACACAGUGGAACCUGGACAGUGCUGCGGCACAUGCAAGGCAGCAGCUUGUGUAGUGACUCUGGGAGACAACAUUACACACGUGCUCCAUGAAGGAGAACAUUGGAAUCCACCUGGUGAUAACUGUACUGUUUACACAUGUGAAAAGCAUGCUGACCACUUCAUUCAAGUCAUCAAAGAGGCAAGCUGUCCUGCCUUUAACCCUGAUGAGUGUGAUCCAGAUGAUGUCAGGUUAUCUGACGAUGGUUGCUGUUUAGUGUGCCGAAGAAUACCGAAACUUUGUAUGAAGCACAAUAUGACUACUGUCAUCAACUAUAAUGGCUGUGUAUCUCCUGCACCUGUUGAGAUAACAUACUGUGAAGGCAGCUGUGAUGCUUACUCACGAUAUUCUCAAAUGACAAACACGAUGGUGCACAAAUGCUCGUGUUGUCAGGAAAUCAAGACCAGCAAAAGAAAGGUGACUCUGACGUGCAGUGACGGAACCUCCCUCGAGCACUCCUACACCUACGUGGAGAAAUGCAGCUGUGUGGGUGCUGAGUGCAUUACUCAAGACAACACCCAACAGGAGACACAGCAGAUAAAGACCUCUCAGGAGAAAACAAAUAUCAAAAAUUAGAACUAGAGAGAAGUCCUCAAACAAGGGCUGAGCAUAAGACUAAAUAAAGAAACUUCAAAAAAUACAAAAGUGUCAAGAGCAGCUAAAAUUUUGGAUGAACAGAUGAUGUUUUCUUCAUAAAACCCCAGUAUGUCUGUCUACAGAAUUUCAGUUUUCAUUAUCAAUAUAAUUUCAUUAUCUCCCAUUAGUUUUUAUUUAUUUUUUUUUUACACCUUGAGAGGUACAGCACAAGUUCAUCUUGACAUUUUCUGUACAUUUGUCUUCUAAGAAAUGCUGGACUUUUAAUAACGUUUUCAUUCCAGUUCACAGAGAAAAAUCAAAAGACAAAUCCAGAAAACAGACCAAAUCCAAGGAAAACUGUACCCCUCUGCUUCUAUAUGUUUCUCUUUUUUUGUUGAGGAAAACUUGGAGGGCAGAAAGCCAUAUCUUCUCAAAAUUAUAAACUUCAAUAUUUUGAAGAAUUUAUGAUGGACAUAUUUCCCUACAUAUUUUUGUGAGGAAAAGGAAAAAGUCCUAUUGUGAGAAGCUGCUGCACACUACUUUUUGUUUACAUAACACCAUCAGCAUAGUAGCUGUAUGAAACUAUAGAUUUUUUUAUUUUGUUUUGUUAUGUGGUUAACUGUUUACAGAAGAAAUAUAUAUAUUUGCCAACAGAGGCAUAUGAAGGAUUUUUUAAAAAGUAUAAUAAUAAUAAUAAUAAUUGUAAAUUCUUUCCUAGGAAACUUUAAAAAGUUGAACCACUGCUAUUUAUUAUUAUUUUUUUGAAUACUGAUUUAUUGGGUCAUUUCUUUCAGAAUUAAAUGUUAUCCUGUUUCUUACUCUCAGUCAUGUUGUUUGGGUAUGGUAUAGUUUCUUUUGUUUUUGAAUAUUAUUUUAUUUUUGUUCCUUAAGACACCAAAAAAGCAAUUAUGAUUAAUAAAUUUUGAGCAUUUUACAGCA